GUCCUGAUCUCGGAAUGUCUUGCUUGGGAUCGGGCCUGCGGGCUCUGUCGUACCGCUCCAUCAGGAUCCCGCAGCCUCAUAGAAGCCCGCUCGCUGCCAGGCUCUGGACCCGCAGCUCCCUGUGGCAUGCCUCAUCGCCUCUGCAGCCGCAGGGUCCUGGCUUAUCAAAGCAACCUGAUCUGCAGCACCACGCCCAAGAUCUUGAGCCAACAUCGGCACCCACCGGCCCCGAACUCCAAGCCCCGCCAAGCAAACUUGCGAUUCCCGAACCAGCCUCUUCUGCAAGCGAUUCCCAACCACCGACCAAGAGCCUGGACGCUGUCGUCCGAACAGCUCGAGCCCGGGUUGACCAGGCCUUGGAAGCCCUCAAGAACGACACCUUGCCUAAACUCACUCGACACAUCAACAGCCUCACCGGCUACGCCGAGGUCGAGCAAAGGAAGAAGCUUGUUCUGGAAAAGGAGCAAAUCGUCGGCCAGCGGCGGCAAGAGAUGGAGGAGACGAAGCGGGUCUAUGAAUCGACCGUCGACGAGCACGAACGAUGCCAGCAGGAGAUUAUAUCGUUGCAGCAGCGCAAGGACUCUUGGCAAGAUGACGAUAUCACUCGGGUGACUUUUCUCUAUCGGAAAGACAAGAGCCUUGAGCAAGCCGAGGCUGCAGCCAAAGAGGCCCACCACCUCGCCACCGAGGCCUUCGAGCGUGCCCAGAUCGACUAUCUCGGUGAGAUCCGCGAGCGAUAUGUCGAGGAACAGCUGUAUUCGGAUAAGAUUCGCCAGACAAGCAAUUGGUGGACAAUGGGCUUGAUAUCGCUCCACAUUACGCUGUUUGUCCUGGUUCAGCUUGUCGUCGAGCCUCGAAAGCGGCGUCGAUUCCAGGACGAUCUGCUGGUUCUCAUCGAGAACAAGGCCGAGCGGGACCGCCAAGCACUGGAAACGCAAGUGCUCGAACACCUGCGGCUCAUGAGUGCAACCAGCCCGGUGGAUAUUGGAUCGACAAACACCGUCGACUUGCCACCCACGACGGUCACAGAGGCCGAGAAUCCCGUGAACCAGAUCCAAGAGAUCGGUGCCAGAGAGCCGGCCGCUCUCCUGGAUCGCAUCCAGACUUUCACAGAAGCAGGACCAACGCAGCACGCUUGGCUGCAGGGCCUUGCAGUUGGCAUACUGUGUACCAGCGCCGUGUUUGGCAUCGUCAGUAGAUAGUGAUUAAUUGUGCAAACUGCAAAUCUGCAGCGUGCAUUCGCUCCUCGGCGACUCAUUACUUUGGCACAGCUUGCAUAUACAACUCUUCCAUGGCACCCGUGAUUUCCGAUUUGUUCAUUGUGCAAUUGAGUGGCACACAUCAGUGCCAAUAUGUUCAUCAACG